GUUCACGAUACCUUUUUCUACAUCACCAAAGACAUCCUACAUACAUCUCUAUACAUAAUGGCCUCAACAAACUAUCGCGAAGCCUUCCAGCUCUUCGACAAGCGUGGCAACGGCCGUGUCGACCGCGGUGCCCUCGGCGAUCUUCUGCGCGCAUGUGGACAGAACCCUACACUUGCUGAGAUUGCGGAUCUCGAGCGCGGUGUUGGAAAUGACUUCGACUUUGAAACCUUCUCCAAGAUCCUCAACCGCCCCGGUGGCUUCCGCGAGCCAUUCGACAUCGAAGAGUACAUCCGCGGCUUCCAGGUCUUCGACAAGGACCGGAGUGGAUUCGUGGGCAAGGGUCAAAUCAAGUACAUCUUGACCAACCUGGGCGAGAAGAUGAGCGAGGAGGAGGUAGACGAGCUGUUCAAGAGCACCAUCGAUGCUAGCAAUAACGAGGUCGACUACAGGGUUUGUCAAGACGAUCGCGGAGAACUAAAUACUCCGAAGCCUACCCUAGCCCCCAGCCUCGGGCUGUUUUGGCUUCCGUGAUACAUUUUGUUUAAUGCGAGCAUGUCUGUAACGGGUCACGGUCAUUUUAACUUUGGCGUUUGAAAUCGGUUCCUUUGGAAUUAUAAAUAUCUACUCUUCUUCUUUGAUAUCGUACGAUAGGGAAGCGAAGGGAAAGAGGGGACGGAGUUUGCAUUAGCUGAGCUAUAUGCAAGGUCAGCUUAGUAGUAUAUGUGGAAAUCAACGCAAAUGCAAGCCACUUUCACACCA